GUUGCUAAUGAAUGGUAGCUGUAUACAUUAAUUGUAGGUUUAUAAUUGUUUAGGAUUUGUAUACUUCCUGUCACUGAAAUUGAAAGCAGCUGUUUGAAAUAUAAAUACUGUAAUUGAACUUCUGUGAAGUUUUAGCAGUAGGAAGAGGGAAGGCUUUCAUUUGACACAAGAAAAAAAUAUUCAAGGGGAUGAGUUAGAAACGGCAUGGUAGUGCGUCUUGGAUUGUGUAACUAAACUUCAAAACUCCUUUUUUCAUCUCUUAACAGGCAAGUAAGUGUUCCUUCUUGAGAGUUGCUAUGAGUUGAGGCUGCUGCUGUAGUGUCUCUUAAUAACUUGUUUUGUUUGUAAGCAUGCUACAUGUGCUUUCCUUUCAGUAAACCAGAAGGGCGUAAAGAUCUGUUGGAGGUUAGAGUGUACUUUAAAAUGGUUGCAACUAGCAAUUUAAGCAGUAAAAGCACUGCAUGCAUUUCAGAAUUGCUAUACCAAGGCUUUCACCACGCAAACAUAAGCGACUUUGACUACUGGGAUUACGUUGUGCCUGAACCCAACCUUACUGAGGUGGUGUUUGAGGAGAGAACCUGUCAGAGUUUAGUUAAAAUGUUGGAGAACUGCCUAUCCAAAUCAAAGCAGACCAAACUUCACUGCUCAAAGGUUCUGAUACCAGAAAAACUAACCAAGAAAAUAGCUCAAGAUGUAUUGCGGCUUUCUUCAACUGAGCCCUGUGGUUUGAGAGGUUGCAUUAUCCAUGUCAAUUUAGAAACUGGAAAUGUAUGUAAAAAGCUGGAUAAGAUUAUCUAUGACCCCAGUGUUGUUCCUACUUUUGAACUGACACUUGUGUUUAAGCAGGACUGUUGCUCAUGGUCCAGUUUCAGGGACUUUUUCUUUACCCGAGCUUGUUUCACAUCUGGCAGCAAAUGUACUCUGAUUCUGAGUCCUGGGUUUCGGCUUAUUAAAAAAAAACUUUACUCCUUGAUUGGGACAGUCAUUGAAGAAUGCUAGAAAUCUUGUUGCAUGUUUAAAACUGUGUCUGAAUUUUUAAGAGGUACCUUGCUUUACAGUUUGAUUUCAUGCACAGCAACCAUUGUGCUCUGUAUGGGCUAUGCAAACACCCCAAUGUGUAAGCCUUCAAGUUGGCAUAAGAUCUUCCUAGUGCAGCUAACUGACUGCCUUUACUGGGUGUGCAAAAAAGGUGAGAACAAAGCUAACUUUUUACUUGAAACUUACGGUUGGCAUCUAGUUGACCUGUCCUGCGGUCAGCCUAGUAAUUGUUACUGGCCAUUUUUCUAUAGAAAGUUCUUAUGCCAUGGAAAUAACUCUACCAGCAUAGGUUUAUAGUUCCAAAAGGUUCUUGUUAAAAUAGUGUUCAGCUAAUUACAUUUAGUGGAUGUUAAACUCCCCUGCCCAAACCAAGAAAUGGAUCUUGCAUCUUAAAAGGUAGCAGGCUGAUCAACCUGGUGCAAAAGUAAAUAUUUUACAAUUUUUCCUAGGGGUUAUGUAGCAAACAGAAUUUGCACUGCAAUCUCAGCAAUGUGCACUUUUAAACUUUUUGAAGUGUUAAGGGGCAAAUGACUAGUCAAAACAAUAGUCAGUUGUGUUUGAAUAUUUUUGCUUUUUUAAAAACUGGAAAACAAUGCGAUUUGGGUAGAUGGAUUUAAAAGUAAGAUAACUUCUCAAGCAGAAAUGCUAAAUCAUUUUCUUGAAAACACUUGCCUACCUCAUACUUAAUUUUGAAAAUGGAAUAUGUCUGCACUCAGUGUUGCCCUCUUUUACUGGGCAGAAAACUGAAUCCUACUAUUCCCUUGCCAUAUCCCUUCUUCCAAGUGGAACCAAGAAACACUUUUGUUUGUUCUCUCACUAGCUUUUCUCCAAAGUCUGGAGGAUUUUUUUUUUUUCUGUUCUGGCAUGGUAGCUCAAGCUCUUCAGAGGAUACCUCAUGGGGGUUUCAGUUCUCCACACCAUCAUAGUGGCCCACUUUGGUUCUGGAAUGGCCUGGCAGUUUCUUCCUUUCAUGAGCCUGCCCUCUUCAUUUCUCCAAGGUAGCUAAAGUUUAGCUAGUGUUCAACCUGAUGCUUACGUUGCUGCUCGAAUGUCUUUCCCCGCUUUCCCCUCAUCUUCCCUAAAGACUUCCAUUUCAAUUUUACACCACUACUGCAGAAAAUUAACUAGUCGUCUCCCCAUGCUCAAACAAGCUGACUAGUUGGCCUAGAUAAAACACAGGAAUUUUCAAAAGACCAUGAACUGAAAUAGUGACUGUCACUGUCUGUAACUGAUGCAACAUCUUUCAGAUCUGGCCAGGGGCAGAUAUUAACACUAUGCAAUAUGGGGGUGAGGGGGUAGAGGCUUGCCUAAUCUUUUAGUCUAUUUUCCCUGCUAUGUUUCUCAGUAACAGUUGUCUGGCUAUGUGCCACUCUUUUGAGGGGGGGGAAAAGCUGAAAGGUGCACCGUGUCUUGGUUGCUGGCACUUAAUCAUCUUCCAAGAAACCUAUCAACAGAUAAUAGAGGGAAACUACCUUGGCAGACAUGUGCCAAGUGUCUUGGCUCCUAGCAGUCAUUCUCUUGAAGACUUAUCUUGCAAGUACUUAAGUUAUAUCAACAUGUAUGAAACACUUCUGGCACAAUUUGACACUUACCAAGUGUGUGGUGGAGGAGGGGGAAGUG